CAAGAUUACCUGAUGCUGUGUGCCGUGGACGAGGCAGACGAGAUGGUGGACGGCGGGAAGAAGGACACGAUCGAUGACCUGAAGGAAGGGGAGCUGGAGGCAUUCGUCAGCUCCCUGGGGCUCAGCAAGUAUGCAAAGAGUUGCCAGGUGGUGGAGGGGGAUGAGGAUGAUGGAGACAGUGAGGAGGACAAGCCUUCAAGGAAAGAGAAAAGCAAGAAGAAAACUGACCCUCCUGUGCCAGAGGGGAAAAAGGACAAAAAAGUCAAGGAAAAGGCAAGUGGUGUGAAAGACAGCAAGAAGAAGCAGGCUGGUAGUGAUCAGGGCCAGCACCCUUCAGCAAAGAAAGAAAAGCUGGAGGAAGAUUUUGAAUUUCAUGCUAGGCAAAUGAUCCUGAUCAAACCAGGGGGCAAGUGGUAUGAAAUGGAAUACACCAAUGAGUCCUCUCCAGAGCCACAGAAUAAGGUGCUUGUGUCCAAGUAUAAGGCCCUGGCCCAAAAGCUGUAUGAGCAUGAGAUAGACCUGUUCAAGAAUAAGACAGACUAUCAGAAAGGAGCCUCUUCAGCCUGGAUGAAAACUGUUGUGUCCUCGGGCACCAUGGCUGACAGGAUGGCAGCCAUGACCCUGCUCAUCCAGGACAGUGCUGUCCACAGUCUCCAGUUUGUUGAGAACUUGGUAAACCUCAUAAAGAAAAAGGGCAGCAGGCAGCAGAGCUUCAUGGCUUUGGAAACUUUCAAGGAGCUUCUCAUUUUAGAUAUCUUACCAGACAAUCGCAAAUUGUUGUCCUUCUCGCAGCGACCGUUCAACAACAUAGUGAAGAUGUCAAGUGGCAACAGGGAUUCAAGAGACAGACGGUUGGUACUGUGGUACUUUGAGCAUCACCUGAAACUGCAGAUAGCAGAGUUUGUGCAGGCCUUGGAAACACUGAGCCAUGAUUGUCUGAUAGCCACAAAAUCCCGAGUGCUGGCAGCUGCCCAUGAGCUCCUCUGUAACAAACCCGAACAGGAGAAAGCUCUGCUGGUUCUACUGGUAAAUAAACUGGGAGACCCUCAAAACAAGAUUGCCACCAAAGCCUCUUACCUUUUAGAGACAUUGCUUCACAAGCACCCAAAUAUGAAGGGAGUAGUGUGCAGUGAGGUGGAGAGGCUCUUGUUCCGGUCAAACAUCCAUGUGAAAACUCAGUAUUAUGCCGUUUGCUUUCUAAAUCAAAUAGUCCUCAGCCACGAAGAAAGUGCACUGGCUAGCAAGCUGAUAACUUUGUACUUCUGCUUCUUUCGGAACUGUAUUCAGAAAAAAGAUGUUGAAUCCAAAAUGCUCAGUGCUCUUCUUUGCGGGGUAAACAGAGCUUAUCCUUACGCUGAGGCUGAUGAUGACAAAGUGAAAGAGCAAAUGAACACGUUGUUUAAAGUUCUGCAUCUUGUGAACUUCAGUACCAGUGUCCAGGCCCUGAUGUUGCUGUUUCAAGUGAUGGACUCUGAGCAGACCGUGUCGGAUAGGUACUAUGCAGCACUGUACAAGAAACUUCUAGAUCCUGCUUUAGCAACCUGCUCAAAGCCAUCCAUGUUUCUUAAUCUUGUCUAUAAAUCUCUGAAGGCAGACGUGGUGCUGCGGCGUGUGAAGGCAUUUGUGAAGAGGUUGCUUCAAGUCACUUGUGGACAAAUGCCACCUUUCAUUUGUGGGACCCUGUACCUUCUGUCUGAGCUUCUGAAAGUGAAACCUGAGCUAAGGGUCCAGUUACAGGAUCGUGUGGACUCAGAUGAUGAAGAGUGCUUUAAGGAUCAAGAAGAGGCUGAAGAGGCUGAGGAAAAAUUUGUGGAUGCAGACAAAGAAGUCGAAGGUGAAGAGAGGAGCACCGUGGAAAAACAAACUGAAUUGCCUGAUAAAACAAACACUUCAAAAUCAACAGCCUCGUGGGUGCAUCAUCUGAAUAUGGGAGGCAGGAAGAGUGGAACUUCGUAUGAUCCUAUGCACCGAAGUCCUUUAUACUGUGGUGCUGAAAGUACAAGCCUUUGGGAACUGAAGAAGCUUUCUGAACAUUUUCACCCGUCUGUGGCCCUAUUCGCAAAAACAAUUCUAGAAGGAAAUCACAUUCAGUACUCUGGUGACCCUUUGCAGGAUUUCACAUUAAUGAGAUUCUUGGAUCGCUUUGUGUACAGAAAUCCCAAACUCAAUAAAGGCAAAGAAAACACCAGCAGUGUGGUAAUGCAGCCGAAGAAGAAGCAGUUUAUGAGGAAUAUACAACAUUUUGCAGUCAACAGUAAGGAAUUCCGUACCAAAGAUGAAAGCAAAAUCCCAGUGGAUGAAGUGUUCUUUCACAGAUUUUAUUCCAAGUUCGAUAAGAAGAGGGAGAAACAAAGGCGUCAAGAUGAUGAAGAAAGUGUGGAAGAUGUAGAUGAUGAUGAAUUUGAAAGAGUAUUGGAUACAUUUGAAGCUGCUGAUAAUGCCACUGUUGGCCAGGAGGACCUUGAUUUUGCUGGUAAUCUAAAAAAGAAAACCAAAGAUGGUAAGAAAGGCAAAAGCAGUGAGGAAUCUGGUGCUGACUGGGAAGAUUCUGACGAUGAAGAUGAAUUCAGUGAUCUGGAUGAUGAGGAAGUCUCCUUAGGAAGUAUGGAGGAAGACUUUGAAGAGGAUAUGGAUGAAGAGGGAGGUGUAUUUAUGGAUGUGUCUGAUGAUGAUAACAGCCUAGGUCCGGACAAUGAGAAGCAACUGAAUUCUGUCAGUAAAAAGGGCAAGAAAAAGGAUAUGAAUUUUGUGGGAUCACUGGAAG